CGGUGAGAUGCCGAAGUCGCCGUCGCGCUACUUCGAUUCGCACAGCACAACCGAGAGGAGUUCCUCAUCUCCGCACUCGCAUUUGAAACUGAACCUCGACUAGUGAUAGAAGCAUCAACGUUCAGGUACACAAACCAACUUAACAAUACACAAUAUCCACCAUGGUGUUGGCGGAGAAGAACAACGACAACGCUCGCAACGGGCGAAGAAGUCGCGGCCCAAGUCCGAACGGUCACGUACAACCGGAGUCCACCAGCGAGGACGAAAGCACAGUUCCAGUGGAUAAGAUAAGGGUGGGCCGAGACUACCAAGCCACAUGUCCUGAGCUUCAGCCAGAAGCUUUGCGAAAACCUGAAUUGCUUGCUGACAGAGCCCUGCUGGUGUGGUCACCUACAACAGAUAUUCCAGAAAUAAAACUGGAAGAGUACAUCACAUUAGCCAAAGACAAAUAUGGCUACAAUGGGGAGCAGGCAUUGGGCAUGCUCUUCUGGCACAAACACGACCUUGAUCGCGCUGUGCUUGACCUCGCCAACUUCACACCAUUCCCUGAUGAGUGGUCCGUUGAAGACAAGGUACUCUUUGAGCAAGCAUUUCAAUUCCACGGGAAGAGUUUUCAUCGAAUCCGACAAAUGUUACCAGAUAAAAGUAUCGCCAGUCUUGUGAAAUACUACUACAGUUGGAAGAAAACUCGAUCGCGCACUAGUCUAAUGGACAAGCAGGCUCGUAAGUUGAACACACCGCGUGAGGAUGGCACACCCAGCGAGGGAGGCUCUGAAGGCGGCUCCAAUGAAGAUUCCGACCACGACGACAAGAAAUGGACGAUACAUCGGGGCAUCAGGCGUAAAAGUGGCUCGCCACUUCGUGCCGGUGUACCACCAGACGAGAAUACGUCUCAGGGUGAGAGAGGCUCGUGUUCUAACUGCGGCGUCGGCUGUACCUACACACAAGUCACUCCCAAGGGGACUCUGUGUAAUUCCUGUUAUCUGCAUUGGAGACGCACGGGCAUAUUGCGGCCAACCUCGGGGCCGACUGGCGGCAAACGGGGCACGCUGCCGGGAGUCAGACACAAGCGCAAACCUCCGCGCGGCAUGUACAUCAAUCACGACGAUCUCGCCGCUAUGGCGACGAGCGGCGCCGGCGUUCUAAUGCUCAAGGCGCUUAAUCGCGAACAGGACGCUCUCCAGAGACAAAUUCAACACAAUAAGCAGCAAAUCAGUUCACUGAAACGCAAGCAUUCUGAAAGCAUUGAAGAACUACGUACGACUGGCGAUACAACGUCGCGUAUAAACGCACGAUGGACGAAUGAGGAGCUACACCUUGCCGUCCAGGGCGUGCGGAAAUACGGCAAGGAUUUUAAGAGCAUAGCCGAUGUCAUCGGUAAUAAAACAGAGACGCACGUUCGCACAUUCUUCCUGAAUUACCGUAAACGUUACAACCUCGACGAUGUGCUGAAGGAGUACGAAAACGACAACGGACCAAUCGUCGAAGAGGCUGGUAACAAUGGCGAGGCUGAAAAGUCGUCGAGAUUGUCGAUGAUGCCGCCAACGACAACGGCGAUGUGAUCUGUAUCUCACCGUCGCCGAUCAAGAAGGACUUUAAGAAAUUGGCGGUCGCGCAGGCGAAAUGAUCGUGAUCCGCACACAAUCAUCCACUCACAUAACUAUACAUAUUACCAUAAGUGUUAAUUGUUUAAAUUUUCCAAUUUAUAUAAUAUUAUGUUAUCAGAGUAAGCGUAAUGACUGCACGCACGGUCAACAUAAAUUUGAUUAUUUUUUCAUAUAACUAGGAUACGCUAGUUAGAUAGGAAAUGAAUUUAAUCGUGAACGUAAUUGGCUAUUGUAAACAAAUCGCGGCUACGUUAUGGAUAGCACUUGGGGGGGUAAGCGUGAAAUGUGUUCACUUUAGAUAUAGCUGAGUAACAUCAACACAAACACAAAGCUGUGACACUCUCACAGAAUUAUUAAUUUAUAUUUCUAGCAUAUCUCCUAUUGUUAGCAAUAAUUGUAAGAUUUCUUAAUAUAUAUUAAUUUUUAGGUUCUUCUUAAGUUUUUUUUCAGUCGUCGGUUGAAUCAUUUUCUGAAUAUUGUAUUUGUUAAUUUAAUUUAAUGAAUAAGACGCACGCAAUCGUCCAUUUCUAGAAUUUAUCGAAUUAUGCACAAUCAAUUAGGUUGUAUUAAGGCUUUGUAAUCUUCGAUACAUUUCAUUUCAUUACACAGAACGCUGUGUAAUUGACUAUAAGUGAAGAGAGGAACAAAUAUGAUCUUGGCGAGGUUGCGAUGAUUCUGAUUAUCGCAAGAUAUUGAUAAUCGCUUAUGUAUGCGCGUAAUAACUUAUUCAUUGCGAUCAAAUAGAUUUUUAAUUAGACGAACACGCUAAUUGGGGAGUUGUGUAAGAUCCAGAUGAGUUAAUGUGAUGUGUCAUGGAAGCAGAAGGUGUACCAUUGGUGUAUGAUGACAUGUUAACAUAAAGGAAUAAUGAGUCACAUCUUUCUUUAAAUAAUUUAAUAAACUGACUUGUAAAUAUUA